AUGGAGGCUGCUUCAGCAUCCGCUGUAAACAAUGGUCCACCGUAUCCGGAUAUAUUAGCAGAUAAUUCAGACUCUACAGAUGAGGUGAAAUACAACAUUUUGACUUCUAAAUGGAACUGUGUCCAUUUGUUUGACUUCCCUUCAAGGAUAAUCGGAAACUCAUUAAGAAAAGCAAACUCAACUUGGUUUAUUAAAAACACGUGGCUGAGAUAUUCAGCUUCAAAAGAUAGUGUGUACUGCGCACCGUGCCGGCUAUUCGGGCCGCAGAGUGGAUCAUCAAAGGACAAGACGUUUGGAAGUACUCCUGUUUCCGAUGGGAGCAACAUGGGUAAAUUAAUAAAUAGGCACUCAUCUAAUGCAUGCCAUGAUAGUUCUUUAAUUGCAGCCGACAAUUUCCUGAAGAUAAUGGAAGGUGCAGAUAAAAGCAUUGUCUGUAAAUUGUCCAGUUCAUAUAACGCUAUUGUAUCUAAGAACAGAGAUAUUCUUGAAUGCAUUAUCGAUACAAUCAUACUAUGCGGAAGCCAAAAUUUAGCAAUUCGCGGUCAUGAAAAUGAUGAUAGUAACUUCACGGCUUUGUUAAGGUAUCGAGCCAAGGACAAUUCAUUGCUUACAGAACACUUAUCUAAUAAGAAUGCUAAGACGAAAUAUACUUCUCCGAAAAUACAAAAUGAAAUUAUACAAAUAUGUGGUGACCUGAUAGUCGACGAUAUUGUAAAGGCAUGUAAUGCUGCACCAUGUUAUGGUUUCAUGGCAGACGAAGCUACAGACGCGUCCACUAUGGAACAAAUGGCUCUUUGUGUGCGAUUUUACGAUAAAAACGAACAGAGAAUCAGAGAAGAAUUUCUGGGAUUUGCAGAGUGUAAGUCUACUACAGGUGAAGCGCUUACGGAGUCAUUCCUUCAUAAUUUACAAGAAAUGACGGAGCGGCCAAUAUUUGGGGAAAUAUAG